AUGUAUGAAAAUAUUUUGAUAAAAGGAGUCCAAGGGGAUUCUUGGAGUCCUUAUGCAAGCAAAUCUUGGAACUUCAGUAGGGCUUUUUUUGCCUGGCCAAAGCAUGAAUUGGGUUCUUGCAACUCCUCAUAUAUGAGUCAGAUUUUUCAAACGUUGCACAUAAUCCUUUGGUUUAGAUUUAAAUAUUUGUGUGAACGAGUAUUUCGUGAAAUACUGAAAGUGGGCACAAAUAGAUUUUCUGUGGUUAAAAAUGAAAGCUUGAAGCCACUAAAGUUCUGUGGGCUUUAUAAGAUGAGAACUCUGGGCUGUAUUUCCCAUUUCUCUGAAAAUGGGAGCUUCUGUUAA